AGAGGACAUGCAGGUGGUUGGUGUGACAGAGGAAGAUACAGAGGACAGGGUGAGAUGGAAACGAUUGAUCUGCUGUGGCGACCCCUAACGGGAACAGCCGAAAGACAAAGAAGAAGAAAUGACAAGUAUAAAUCAACACUCAAUGAGUAAGGAAAACUUGAAAAGUGCAUAUUUUAUUUUAAUGCAAUAAUGUCUGAUAUUUGUUGUAUAAUCUGUAUUUAUUUUGUUACAUUUAUAGAGCACAAAUAAAUGCCUUGACACUCUGUGCAACUGGAUUAUUACAAUAUUACAUUUAUUACUAAGUAUUCAACUCCCCCUGAUUAUCACCUUUUUUCCUGCCUUCAGAAUUGGAUAUGUUGCAUAGAAAUAUUUAUUCUGGUAACAUGAAGGCUUUUUUUUUUUUUAGGUUGCCCAGUCCCAAAAACAAAAACAACACAACUAGGACUGACAAGUUAAAGAGAUACUGAUAAAUGGAUCCAACCUCAUUUGGUAAAGGGUUAUAUACACAAUCAAACAGUGUUGUGGCCACAAAACACCAGCAUGCAGGCCACAACUGGCCCCUGGACCACCAGUUGGUAAUACUUUACCUGUGACAUUUGCAGGAAUGAUGCCUUCCAAGAUGUUUUUUUUUAACCAUCCAACCAAUAUGAAGAAUGCACUGAAUAUAUUACAAGAAUAAUCUACAUUAGUGAGAUUUGAACAGGUUCUCACCUGAAAACCUCCAGCCCAUUUUGGAAGAAACUCAGCGUCACAGCUAUUCAAACAGCAUUUGUUAAUUUAUUUAAUUCACUGUUGAGCUUUACAUUAAACUAAAUCUUGACAUUUGAAAAUUUGAAGUAGUGGAAAAAUAUCAGAAAUCUUAAAUUAUCAUUUGAACAAAGCUGAAAUUAGAGAUCUUUCUUCCUAACAGCUUUUGCUAAUCAUGAGACCAGGUGAACAGCAUCACCUCUCAUCAGAGUCACGGGGUUUAAUAGCAGAACUGAUGGUCAGGUCUGGUUUAGACAGUUUGGCUGGAAGCUGUGUGUCAUGUCCAACUCUUGGGCACGCCGUCAAAGGUAAUUGUCCUUUCAGUUUUUUACCACACACUGUGGAAAAGAGUUUGAUUCCUGUAAAUUCCAACAAUAGUUGACUGGGUGCUUCUUUUGCACAGAUGCUGGUUUGUCUUUGUGCUGGUUUGUGCAGCUGCUACAUUCUCUGUGGCGCUUUCAGAUGCUGCAGAAAGUAGACAUGUAAUAGUCCAGGUGCGGGACCAUAACAUCCUGAGACGAAUGUACAAAUCAAAUACUCAGCAUGUCUCCUUGUCUCCUGGCUGGCUCCCAACCAAAAGUGCUGUUGCAACAGAUACUGAAACUUACACCAAUGAUUUUGGUAUUGAUGCCCCAUCAAUCACAAAUGACAGAGCAAACAGUUUGCAGCUAACCAACGGCAACUUUAGACAUAGUCACAACAGCCCGGAUCAUGUACCUCCCCAAUGGGGACGUGCAACAGUUCAGAAAGGAAACAAUAACCCUGCAAACGGUGUCUUCCCUGGUCAGGUGAAGACUGAGGACAGUGGAUUCAUGACUAGAUGGCAAGCUCAACUCAGUAGACCUGGCCCCACCCUCAGAUUAACACAAACUAGAAAGCAUAACAAUUCAUACAUGUUGGUUAAACAAAAAUCUCCUGCCAAGGCUCUGUUUCCCCAAAGUUCAAGUGUCUCACAAAUUUGGAACCCCAAAUACACUCCAGAAUAUAAGCUUGCAAGGGGGUCUAUAGGCGAAAAGGAGCAUCAUUCUACAAGUAAAACAAUUUGGAAAUCUUCUAAACCUUCCCGCUCUUCAUCACAGUUUGGCAGAUAUCUGAGUAAAUCACUCUCAAGUUCAACAAGUCAACACAGCAGCGAUACGAAGACAAAUGAACAUCCUGCAGGCACAGAACACGGUGCAUCUAACAUAAUUCAAUCAAGUCCAUUUCAUGGGUUUACAAGUCAAACUGCCCCAGAUGAAUCAUCAGUCAAAAAUGGAUUGAAGUCCUUGGAGAAGCACAGACAAAAUUUCCAGUCUCAUCUCUUUAAGGACUCUCGAACCUCCUUUGCAGGACGUGAGAAGGUCAAAGCUGGCAUUCAAAAGACCUUCGGCACAGUUUCCCCAAAGCAACAGGAAAAGCAAUCCUUUGCUGGACAGGAGAUGAUCAAAGCUGGUAUUCAAAAGACCUUCGGCACAGUUUUCCCAGAGCACCAGCAAGAGCGAGCCUCCGCAGAAUUGAAUUCUAAUCGACUGCAGCAACUGCACAAGAAUUCUCCAGCAAAAGAAGUGCAACAUGUUCUUGGAAAUGGUAGUUCACUCUAUGUCGAUCUAGCCCCACACACCGGUCCCACUUACAAAAACACUACCUUUACCAACAAUCAUCCACUUGUAGAGAUCCAGGAUACUGGUCAUGUCAAAGUUGUACAAAGCUCAGUUAAUACGAGUACAAUGGGUUUAACGCGUGGUUAUAAGGCUGAAAAAUCCCUAAGCAUCUAUGGUUUCAGAGGGUUCAAAACUCCUCAGAGGCUGGAUGUGAACAAAAAUGUCCAGUUGUCUAUUCGUUCUGGGAUGUAUAAAACUGGUGAACUCAUGGAUUAUAGGGUAAGUGCAAGGGGAUUUCGCCCGUUCUCAGUCAAGUAUAGCCUUGGCCAGAUAGCAGCACCCAUCACAACAAUGCCACAAGUUGCCGUAAACACUAAGGAGACACCUACCAGUGCUCCUGAUGUGUCGUCUUUUGCAACCGAAGCCACCCAGUCCUCGUCAAAAAGGCUGUCCAACCUAGACUUCAAGGAAAUGGGUGCGAUUGAGAGUGACAACAAACUAAAUUAUGGACCGCUCUGGGGCUACAAAAGAAUAUACAGUCUCAAAGGAUUUAAUUUGCCAUACCCGAGAGGUGCUCGCUCGAAACAGGCAAACGGUUCUGUAAAUUCAGGUGGUAUGAUGGUAUGGUUGCAUUCACGGCAACCCAGAAGUAGCGGAAUUCCUGGUUGGACCAAUCAGAGUUGGGCAAAAUCAAUGGCAACCAGAGAAUGAACUCUAAAGUCUAGACUCUAACAGGAUUUGAAUCUGUUAAAACCAGCAGCACAGUCUCACAGUAAUGCGAUAUCAUCUUGCAAUCUCGACCAACUUCUGAUUCGACAACACCCAAGAUUAGACCUCGGAACCCCAGCAACACAGUGAGACAAACAAGUGCAUUUCAGAUAACUGUAAUGGCAACAGUUUGAAACAACAAAUAGCCCUGAUCUUGACAAUGUCAUGAUUGCGGGAGUCAAAUCGUAUGCAGAUAUUGUUGGAAGUGUUUAAUUUAGUGUCACAGAAGUAACACGGGCUGGUACUUAUCAAAACGCCAUGACCAAGCAAGCAGCACCACUUGGUGACAGUGUGUCAAAACCCAGGGAGGUCGGCGCAUCCAUACUAGAAACUAUCGAAGCUACAAGCAGAUACCUCAGCACACAUGGCGUUGAAAGAUAACAUUUGAAGAUGGCUUCAACAGCGGACUGAAAGCAUCCAAUGCAUUCCUGGAUGAUAGAAGUGCAAGUUUGACUGAUCUGUCACCUAAUGUUGGAAAAAGAUAAGCGCUUGGUAACAAUAUGUUGGAACUGGAUUAUCUACAUGUCCUUUAACUCUGUUAAACUGUCCAGUUGAAAGAAAUUUUUGACUGUACUUUGCAAUAAAAAUGGUAAAAA